GAACUAUUCUUGCUGACAAAAGAUAGCGAUAAUAUUCUAUCCUUUCUCAGUUCAGAAGAGGAGUUUUCUCAUUUGGAUAUUGUACGUGAAAAAUGCUUUCUGGAUCAAUUGGAAUUCAGGCUGCUAUAGAAACAGAAAUACCUGUUGAACUUAUGGAAACCGAAGGAAGUUCAAAAGAAGACGUUACAAUAUCGGAAGAUCCACAACAGCAAGAACAACAACAGGAGGAGCAGGAGCAGGAGCAGGAGCAGUAUCCCAUUGGAACUAACACCAUUGAUGAUGUCAAAAAUGAUGUCUCUUUGGAACAUGAUAGUAAUGUCAUUCCGUCAGUCGAAGCAGACUUGAACAUACCAGCAUCAUUAUUAACAAGAAGAGGCACUAGUCCUGUAGUUGUCAUAAGACAUCAGCCAUCAUCACUUAUAAACACAUCACAAAUAGAUGGCCUUGAAGGAGAAAUGGCACCGUCCUCACCAUUAAAACAAGAUGAAAAUGCAACAGCGAUAUCUGCAGAAAAAAAACCGAUCUUUUCGUACACAUCUACCUUAACAGACAACAUGGACCAUCCACAACACACAGUUCAAAUCUACAACGGGCACACAUUUAUUGAUAAACGAAAUGAUCUUCCGUCCGGAUUCGAUCUCUAUGCAUGGCGACUCAAAGCACAAGCACAACCACUUCACGCUCAACUACUAGGCGCUACGAAAGUACUUUCAACGCAUGAUUGGACACUAGCUACAGAUGAGAUCAAAUCCAUCAAAAUCAUAUCACAAAUUGAACAGUUGAAACGAAAAAAUAUGUGGAGUCAAAGACAGCUGAAACGUCACAAGUCUAUACCUCGUACAAAGACACACUGGGAUUUGUUGCUAGAUGAAAUGAAAUGGAUGAGAACGGAUUUUAAGGAAGAAAGAAAGUGGAAAAUGGCGAAUGCCUAUUUCAUAGCUCAAGCCGUGGUGCAAUGGCAUCAAACAACUGAUAAAUCGACUGUUUGCGUAAGAACAUACGUACCAAGUCAUAAUAUAGCAGCAGCGAUACGGAGUGACGACCAGGAAGUCGGUACUCCUGUGGAGGACACGUUUCCCACAGAACCCUCUUUAUCUAUGGAGGCCAUGGAGGCCAUGGAGGCCAAAGAGGAUGAUACAGCAAUGAAAGCAGCUUUAAAAAACGAUGUUGAGAUGACAGAAGCAGCAGCUCUUGUGGAUCCGCCUAGCAUACUGGAAAAUGAAAGAAAGCCAUCCUUGAUUGAAGAUAAUGAAGACGACGAAGAUGAGGACGAGGAUGAUUCAGAAAAAGAAAGCGAAUCAAAGGCUGUGAGGAGAGGAGAGAGAGAUGUGCAAAAGAUAUCUACUUUGUCUUCGACUGCCUCGACCGAUAAAGAUAAGCCUAAUUCUUUAUUGGACAGCUUAAGAGGAAACCAAACCAUACUUUCCAUAGAGACAGAAGAGAACGAUGAAGGGAAUCAACAAAGCGUCAUCUCGUUAUUGUUUCCUGAUUUAUUAUUGUAUACCGCGCCUGAUACUAAUUUUAUUGAUAUGGAUCCCUAUUUCGAUGAAGCAGAAUCCAGUAGAAUUGUCCCUUUCAAAUUGACUGCUCAGCGUAUCAGAUUCUCAUCUAACAAGGGCCAUCAUCACAUGACAAGAAAGAGACGGGCCAACAGAUUUCAUCAUGGCAACAUGUAUGAUGAUGAUCAUGAGGAUAGAUGGGAUACACUGGAAACGGUGGAUAUUUUGCCAUUGCAACAAGAUAAGAAAAAUGACCGCUCAACUCUAUUUACUUUUGAAAUUGUGCAAGAUGCUGCAGCACCUCAUCACCAACCUCCUACCCCUGUAGCGCCACCUGCUGAAGCAUCUUCUACUAAAAAGAGAAGAGCAUUAGCACUAGCAGCUACUGCUGCAGCUAAUCAUACCCAUCCUACUUCCAAUGCAUCGACAAGCACAUGGUCGGAAGAGGAUGAUUUAUGCUUGAUUCAACUUAUUGCGCAAUAUGCAUUUAAUUGGAGCCUUAUCUGCGAUGCAUUUAAUACUAUUCGAGGGGUGAAUCAUAGUACAGAAGUAACGGGCGGUAACGAAAGGCGUACAGCAUGGGACUGUUACGAAAGAUGGAAACAGAAGAACUUGACAUCGCUUUCAGGACAGAUGAACCUCGAUUACAUGUCUAAAUUGGAAAAUGAUUUGUCAAAGAUGCCUGAUGUUUUGAAACCGGAUAACAUCAGAAAACGGCAAAGACAUAACCAUCUAUUGGAGGCAAUCAAACAAUCACAAAAGAAGCGAGAAGAGUUGGAAAAUGUUCGACCUAAACGCGCCUCAUCGCCUCCUAAAGCAACGAUUGAAGAGCACGGUCUAAGCUCGAAUGGACAAAGGUUACCUACUGCUAUGGAACUUAGCUUGUACAGAAUGCAACGAGAACAACAGAUAGCUCGUGCAGCAGCGUAUGGGCAACGGCAACUAUUAUCACAAGGUCUUUUGAAUAAUCAACAACCUCCGUUAAAUGGCAAUGCAUUACCUCAGUCCCAUCCACAACAACAAGCCCAAAUGCAACAGCAGCAACAGCCGCAACAGUCAGUCAACAUGGAUGCCCCCACCCCUGUGGGCCCUCCUACCGCCACUCCAUCUAAGACUGCGAAUAUAACUGCCACUACCCAAAAUGCUGCUGCAUCCGCUGCGAUCGCCGCUGCGGCAGCGGCAGCGACUGCCAAUAGGGGCUUGAGUAAUAGUAACAUUGCUUCUACUACGACCCUUCCUAUUGCAGGCACAAAUAUGAAUAGGCCUGCCGCAACAGCAAAUGCUACUGCUACGACUGCUCAACAGCAAUUCUAUCAAGCUUUAAUAGCUCAACAGCAAGCAGCCCAGUUGCAGCAACAGCAACAACAACAACAGCAGCAGCAGCAACAACAGCAACAGCAGCAACAACCAACACCUCAAACGCAUGCUGGCCAACUUCUUCAACAACAGCAAUUGCAGCAAUUGCAGGUACAGCAAGCUCAAGCACGAGUGCUUGCUCUACAGAGACAGCAGCAGCAGGUACAACUACAACAGCCAUCGGUAAACAACAAUGCCAUGAAUACAGGAAUAGCAGCAUCACCUGUUAUUACGAAUAACAUGUUACCCUCCAACAAUAAUACUAAUAUGAAUACCAUUACUGCUACUACUAAUAAUACCACAGCUACGGCUAACAUAAUGAAUAAUACUAACUUACAAGCACAACAAGCAAGAUACCCAACUACCGCACAACAGCUUCAAUUGCUUCGUCAGCAACAAAUGUUGAUGGCGGCCGCGGCCGCAGCACAGCAACAACAACAACAACAAACAGGACAAAUCAAUCGAGCCAUGACUGCUUCGCCUAUGCCAUCACAACAACAGCAAAGGUUUUUAGCAUCUCAGACUUCUCCACAGCAAGUUCAAUCUUUAGGUAAAAUUAAGUAAAGAUGACUUUGCUUUAUGCUCUUUUAUCCUACUCACUGCCU